UCCGGUACGUCCGGCGCUUCUGCAUCCGGAUCCUGGGCAUCGGGUGCGGGCUUGUCUGUGGGUGGCGCGUCCGGUGUGGGUUUGUCUGCAGGUGGGGAGUCGGAUAUGGGCUCUGGCGUGUCCGCGCCCAGCCUGGUUCCAAUUACAUCCACGGAGAGCGUUCCGCCUUCAAGUGCGAGCCGGAUGGUUCUGCUCUGCUCUGUUGUCGCAACUUCUACGACAUCCACAAUGCGGCCGCCAUCGGCAAUAGCGAAGAACUCCUCGUCGCCGUCGUCGGAUACCGCAUCAAACAGGGCCCGCUCAAGCGUGAUCUCCAGGAUCCCGGAGGGAUCGGCAACCAGCACGUCAAAGGACAGCAGGGCGAUAUCCGGAUCCGGUAAAACCUGAAGUACCUCCACAUUCUGGGCAUCGUACUGUACGGAGUACGCUGUGCCGUCCACAUCAACGGGUAUGUCUCCCGGCUCGGCGCCCGCAUACAGCGGCACCAUUGCCAU